AUGUAUCCUAGGUACACCUUUGGCGACACAGCUCUUCUAGAAUGGUUUUUGAAGCAUGGCGCCAAUCCAAACAAACGCUGUCACGUCCGUGACUGUACCCCAUUGUCCUUCGCUGUUUUGGAGGGUUCACUUGAAGUCAUCGAGAUACUCUUCGAGAAUGGGGGGUCAUCUUCCCCAGGCCAGUUAUUACACUACGCAGCCAUGCGCAAGACCACAGAUAGCUUGGCAGUUCUGGAAUAUAUUUACAACAAAUGCCCGGAGAUAAAUGCCUCGAAUAUCAACAAGUUGCUGGAUCAGGAUUCUCCUGAGGAUUUCGCGAUGAACCGUAGGGCGGGACUUGGUACUCCACUUCAUUACGCGGCACUAGCCGGGUAA